AUGGGUAGUCAAGCUCAUUCGAAAUUUGUCAUCGAAACAGAUAACUUGUUUGAUGAAUGCGAAAACUUCGCGAAAUUGAAUGUUGAGGAUUUGACAGAAUCCUUAGUAGAAGCGAAACUGGAAUCCUUAGAAGAGGAUUGGAAAACCAUCCGAAUUUCCUAUGAGACAAUUUAUAGUACUUUAGAUUCUGUAAUAUCUCAGGAAUUUAAGGAAUUGGCACGAACUAGAUUCAGGGAAUGUAAAGAAAAGUAUCAGUGGACGAAGGCAAAUAUGAACGACCUUCUGAAGGCCGCAAAGGGUUCAGUAAAUACACAGAACGGUCCACAGCAUUCUUCUAUUUUGGGUAACUCCACAUUCUUUCCAACAAAUACUACAUUUGACCUGUCUGAAAUUGGUGUCCGAGUACCGGCUUGUGACAUGAAGGUUUUUAAUGGUAGUUAUGAGGAAUGGCCAUCCUUUAGGGAUAUGUUUUCAGUACUUUAUCAUACUAAUCCAAGAGUCUCCAAGGUUGAAAAGUUUUUCCAUUUACUUAAUAAAACUUCUGGAGAUGCCUUAGCAAUAAUACAAAAAUAUCCCUUAACGGAACAAAAUUAUUUAGCGGCCUGGAAUGCUUUAAAAGCAAGAUAUGAGAAUAAGAAAUUUUUGGUUGAAAUUCAACUAAAAGCUCUUUUUAACAUAGAGCCCGCUACUAAUGAAACUAGCAAUGAUAUUAAUCGAAUAAGGACAACUAUAUGUGAUUGCCUUGCGAUGUUAAUAGGUCAUGGUAUUCGUGUUGAUCAAUGGGAUCCAAUUUUGGUAUAUUUGUGUAGUAGUAAAUUACCAAUACAGACAAUUACUGCCUGGGAGGAAUCUUUAGAAAGUGAUUCCGAAAUGCCAUCCUGGAUUCAGAUGGAUAAUUUCUUAAAAAGUAGACAUCGGGUAGUUGAAAGGAUAGAGAGAGCACGUGAGCAAAUUCAUGUGAAUGAAAGUAGUCAUAAGAGUGAUUCGAAACCGGGAACUAGUAGAAAUAAUACUGGUAAAAAUUCGAUUCAGCGAUCAGGUUCGAAUAAUCAAAACUCCUGUCGAUUAUGCAACGAGAAUCAUAAUCUCAGAAUAUGCAAAAGGUUUUCAGACUUUAAUGUCAGACAACGAAUUGACUAUGUAGAACGGAACAAUAUAUGUAGCAACUGUCUAUCACUAACUCACGUCAGCAAGGAUUGUAAGAGUAUAUUCCGCUGUACGCAAUGUAAAAAUAAACAUCACAGCUUAUUACAUUUGAAUCAAAACGAUAAUAGUGAACAGAUUAGAAGAAGUAAUCAGGGUGGAAAUAGACCGGUAAAUUCGUUUCAUACGGAAUCAACACAACCGAUAAAUGAUAUAACAUCGGGAAAUGUUGAUGUUGAUUUACAGUGCCCUUCGUGCAGUAAUGCAACUCCGACGAAUGUCCAAACUCAUUUGUCGGUUAAUCAUGACGAUAUUUUGCUACCAACUGCUUUGGUGCAAAUUAAUCAUUUGGGUGAUAAAUUUACGGUUAGAGCACUGAUUGACUCUGCAUCGAAAAGGUCUUUCUUGACUGAACGAAUUCAAAAUAGGUUGAAUUUGAAAACAGAAUCUGCAAAUUUCGAGAUAUGUGGAUUAGGAGGUACAAUAGUUGCUAAUUCGAAGAAACUUUGUAACAUAACAUUAUGUGCAGAGAAACAUAAUUUUAAGCUUGAUACUCAAGCUGUGAUUGUUUCAAACUUAACGAGUUUGAUGCCAUCAGCCUCAAUUUCUAAUCCUAAUCUCACCGAGAUUAGUGACUUAAAAUUGGCGGAUCCAACAUUUUAUGUUUCUUCUCAUAUUGACUUGUUAUUGGGAAGCGACGUCAUACCAUAUAUUUUGCUUGAGGGAAUUCGAAAAAAUAUUUUGGGAAAUAUGAUUGCACAGAACUCAGUUUAUGGUUGGUUUAUUUAUGGCCCAUUCAAGAUAAACUCGCUUUCACUCGUUGCGGUCGAUGUAAGUGAAAAGGCAAAAGAGGAAAUCGAUAUAGGUAUUCAGCUUAGGAAAUUUUGGGAAACAGAAGAGAUUUCCAAUAAUUCUGUCUUAUCCGAAGAAGACAAAAUUUGUGAGAAACUUUUUGAGAAAACCACUUUUCGACGAGAAGAUGGGCGAUAUGUGGUAAAAUUACCAUUCAGGCAAGAGUUUCCUAAAUCAAUAUUUUUGGCUUCAUCUCGCUAUCAAGCAAGGAAGCAAUAUAUUCAUAUGGAAAUGAAUUUGGAAAAAAAAUCCUACCUUAAUAUUUAUAAUGACAUUUUGAGGGAAUAUAUUGAUUUGGGUCAUAUGCAAAAAUGUAAUUCUGCCGAAAUAAAUGAAAAUGGUAAAUAUUUCUCGUACUAUUUGCCUCAUCAUGCAGUUUUCCGACCUGAGAGUGCUUCAACGAAAGUCCGAGUAGUUUUUAAUGGAUCACGUAAAACACAAAGUUCAUAUUCAUUAAAUGAUAUUUUAUAUAGUGGGCCAACUCUUCAGUCAGAUCUUAUGACUAUAAUUUUGAAUUGGCGGAAGUAUAAGUUUGUUUUCAAUGGUGAUAUUGAAAAAAUGUAUCGUCAAAUAAUGAUUAAUGAUAAACCCUAUCAGAGAAUAUUGUUCCGCAAUACCAAUACAGGCAACAUAGAAGAUUAUGAAUUAGCUACGGUAACUUUUGGUAUAAAUUGUGCACCUUUCUUAGCAAUUCGAACACUUCUACAGUUAGCAGAUGACACGGAAACUAAUAAUCCUUUAUCGUCAAGAAUAUUGAGAAAUGAGACAUAUGUAGAUGAUGUGUUAUCAGGGGGACAUACUUUGGAAACAGCAGUAGAGUCUCAGAGACAGUUGUGCACCGCACUUAAUUCUGCUGGCUUCCCAUUGAAGAAAAUAACUGCAAAUCAUCCACUAUUAUUGGAACACAUUCCAAAAGAUAAUCUUUUGAAUGACGAUUUCUUAAAAUUUAAGGAUUCAAGUUCCACAAAGACUCUUGGAAUUCGUUGGAACGCUAUGAGUGAUUCUUUUAGUUACAAAAUGGAGGAAAUUUGUAUAGGAAAUACGGUAACGAAACGCCAAAUCUUAUCUUGCGUGGCGAAAUUUUUUGACCCGGCAGGAUGGCUAACGCCUAUAAUUAUUCAAGCCAAAAUUCUCCUUCAGGAAUUAUGGCAAGAUGGUGUCGAGUGGGACGAGAGUGUUAAGUCACAUAUUUUUAUAAAAUGGAACAUUUUUAUCGAAAAUGCCCAAUAUAUUGAAGAAAUAAAAAUACCACGCUGGGUUAAUUUUCAACCUGAAAACUUUAUUCAGUUGCAUGGUUUUUGUGAUGCCUCAGAGAGAGCAUACUGUGCCGCUCUUUACAUAAGAUCUGAGAAUCCGAACAAUAGAAGCACACAUUUAUUAGUGGCUAAGAGCAAGGUAGCACCGUUACAAAAACUUAGUCUUCCACGUUUGGAAUUGUGUGGCGCUUUACUACUUUCCAAGUUAGUAAGGCAUGUCUUAUUUAAUAACUUGUUCCCAAGUUCAUCCGUUCAUUUGUGGACUGACUCCACCAUUGUUCUUGCAUGGCUUCAGAAACAUCCAUCUUCGUGGAAAACUUUUGUAGCCAAUAGAACUUCUAAAAUUAUUGAAAAUGUUGGGGAUGCCACAUGGAGACACGUAUCCACUUCCGAAAAUCCGGCCGAUCUCGGAACAAGAGGAUGCAAGCCACAGGAGUUAUUGAAUAAUCCAUUAUGGUGGCAUGGACCAAUUUGGCUUCUUAGUUCUCAAGAACAUUGGCCAACUUUUAGCCAACCAUUCCAAGAACCCCCAGAACAAAGGAAAAGAAUAGAAGUUAAUUGCAUAACCGAUUCAGUCCAUUCCUCGCCUUCCAACAAUGCUUCAAAUGCUCAAAAUAUAUUGACUAAUGACAAAUCUCCACCUUCAAGGUGUCAGAUUACGCGAGCAAAAAGAGAAAUUGGUGAUGAAUUCUAUAUAAUCAACAGUUUCACAAGAUAUCACCGAGCACUUCGCGUGAUAGCCUAUGUUUAUCGUUUCUGCAGUUUAGCCUCCAACAAGAGUACAAAUCGAGCUGAACCUUUAACGCAGAACGAGCUCAAUAGAUCUAAGAUCGCAUUAAUUCGAUUAACUCAAAGAGCUUAUUAUGCUGACGAAUAUAAAGAUUUGUCCAACUUCAAAUCUAUCUCAAAAAAAAGCUCGUUAAUAACAUUAAACCCUUUCCUAGACUCAAACGGACUUCUAAGAGUUAACGGUCGCUUAGUUAAUUCAUCUUUGAGCUAUGAGGAAAAAUUCCCAAUAAUCAUUCCAUACAAAUCAAACUUAUCCGAAAUGAUUCUUGAUUUUAUGCACAAGAAUCUAAUGCACGCUGAUAUCUCUCUUAUGAUGAGUAUGGUGCGAUACCAAUUCUAUAUACCCGCCCUAAAGAGAGCAGUUAAAAAAUGCGUGAACAAAUGCUUGACGUGCGUUCGUUAUAAACAGAAAGUCUUAUCUCAGAUAAUGGCAGCCUUACCAGCUGAGAGAACUACGUUCUCCUUACCGUUUACCUUUACUGGUGUAGACUUUGCUGGUCCGUUUCAGAUAAAAGCCGGCCAUUUGAGAAAUUCUCCAUACAUGAAAGGCUACGCCUGUAUAUUUGUAUGUUUUGCUACUCGGGCUAUACACCUAGAACCAUGUUCUAAUCUUUCAUCUGAGGCUUUUCUGGCCACAUUUGAUAGGUUCGUCGGAAGACGAGGGUUACCGAAACGUUUGAUGUCUGACAACGGUACCAACUUCGUAGGCGCAAGUAAAGCAUUGCUUGCUGAAUAUGCGAUGUUCUUAGAGAAAGCUUCAAAGGACAUAUCUGAAAGAUAUGCUCUCCACGGCUUCGAGUGGAAAUUCAUUCCCCCUAGUGCACCGCAUAUGGGAGGCCUGUGGGAAGCUGGAGUUAAAAGCUUCAAGCUUCACUUUAGGAAGGUUGUAGGAAAUCAAAAAUUUAAUUUCGAAGAAUUCUCUACUCUUUUAGUUAGAAUUGAAGGCGUUCUUAACUCUCGUCCUUUAUCUCCGAUGACCGAGGACCCUGAGGAUUUAAACGUAUUAACUCCCGGACACUUUCUACGAGGUGCGCCUAUAAUGGUUCCACCGGAAAUGGCAGAGGAUGACUUAAAUAUUUCCCUUCUUAACCGAUGGGAGAAACUAAAGGCUCUUCACCAUCGAUUUGCGCAAAGAUGGAAAGCAGAUUAUUUACAAGAACUGCACAAACGCUACAAAUGGCGUUGUCCAAAGAAGGAAUUGAUUGUAGGAGAUUUCGUCAUAAUAAAGGAUGAACUACUUCCUCCUAGUGACUGGCGUUUGGGUCGCAUUGAGAAUAUUUAUCAUGGAUCUGAUAAACGAGUGAGAGUAGCUGAUAUUCGAACCCAAUAUGGUUUGGUUACUAGGCCUAUUAAACAUCACACUCUACUCCACAAGGAACGACGUGUGGAGUCUGAUGUAGUUCCCCCAACUCAAAGGCGCUCUGUCCAAGAUCGGCUACAGAUCCAUAAUCGUGUAACUUCACCUCAACCACUGCAGAGGUUGCAACGCACUGCGCGUCGAGUAGCUGACGAUGAAGUCCACCAGCGCACCCGUGACAACAGUCGAGAGUCGGAGGCCCUUCAAGUUCUAACCUCACGGCAAAGGCGCUCACGAAGGAGGCCUAAUAUGUUGCAGCGACAAUUGGAACAGCAAGCCGUCGGACAGGCCACAACCCACCAGCUGCUUCGUCAAAUGGUCGCCACAAUGAACCGCCUAAGCGAAGCCAUUUUAGUUGCACCCGUGCAAGGGGGCCGGCAUGUCGAGGCCCAGGACGAGCCCAGCGAUGACGACUUACUUGACAUCGAUAUGGAGCCUCUCCUAUAA